AUGGAAUAUAACGGCGGAGGUCCCGAGGCGGACCACCUCUGUGUCCUCGUCCAUGGGUUAUGGGGCAACCCCAGCCACAUGAAGUCCGUCGCAAAAGCCCUACGAGCCGAACAUCCAGCCGAUAAGCUCUAUCUGCUCGUCGCAAAGCGCAACACUGGCAGUUUCACCUACGAUGGAAUCGAGCGGGGCGGCGAGCGCGUGUGUCUGGAGAUCGAGGAAGAACUCGAGGCCAUCAAGCGCAAAGGGGGCAAAAUCACAAAGCUGAGCGUGGUGGGAUACUCCCUCGGCGGGCUGGUUGCUCGCUAUGCGGUCGGGUUGCUUGGCGCGAAAGGAGUGCUGGAUGAAGUUGAGCCUAUGAACUUCACCACUUUUGCUUCGCCACAUCUAGGUGUGCGGUCGCCCUUACGAGGAUGGCAUAACCACGUUUGGAAUGUCUUGGGUGCCAGAACUCUCUCCAUGUCUGGCCGCCAACUCUUCACCAUCGACGACUUCAGGGGAACCGGGAAGCCACUACUUGCAAUUCUGGCAGACCCAAACUCGAUUUUCAUGUCUUCAUUGGCCAGGUUUAAGCGCCGAACUCUCUACACCAAUAUAGUUAACGACAGAAGUGCGGUCUACUACACGACUGGCAUCGCCAAGGCGGACCCUUACACCAACAUGGACCGGAUCAAGGCCAAUUAUGUCGAGGGUUACGAAGACGUGAUUCUCGAUCCCCAAAACCCCAUUUCACCGCGGACACCCAAAAUGAGCCCUGCUACCUUUGCAUCAGUCAAGGAAUCCAGCUUGUGGUACAUAAGGAAUGCGCCAAUAGCUUUGUUUCUGGUGGUUUUUAUUCCCGUCGGCAUUGUCGGUUUCCUCGUCAAUUCCGUAUUCCAAAACUUCUUUAGUUCUCGUCGAAUCAAAUUACACGAAAAAGGCCUUGCCGGGAUUCAAGUCGAGAAUUACCGCGUGCCCAUUAUGAUCAAGGAGUUGCGCGAGGCUGUUGAGGACGUCUACGAGAAUAUAAACAGUUCGCAGCACCAGGAGUUUCUGGCACCUUCGGACGAUGACGACGAUGCCGAACUGGACGAGCGUGAACGACGCACCUUGACCUUGGAGCGCCGGCAAUCGCAUCCCCAGUGGCCGACACUGGCGCUGGCGCCUGAACAGUUCGACAUGAUCCGCUCCCUAGACAAACUUGGCUGGCGCAAGUAUCCCGUGUGGAUUCAUAAGCACCGACAUAGCCACGCGGCGAUCAUUGUUAGGACCGAAAAGCCGUCUUUUUCAGAGGGACAUGUAGUGAUGAAGCAUUGGCUAAAGGAGGAAUUUCUUGUUUAG